UUACUUGCUGCCUCUCUGCUGUCAAAUUGCCCUCACUCGUUGGAUUGACCAGCCCGACUCAUCGGGUUUCACGAGCGGUUCCGAUGUUGAGUCUCACAUCAAGUCGCAGCUGGCACAUGCCACAACCCCUUCAGCCACAUCAGAACAUUGGCUCGGCUGCAUAGUAAUGCUAGCUAAUCCAGACUCGACCGGCCACAAUGAAAAGCUUCAGACUCGUCAUCUCGCAAUGCCCGUAGCCCCAAAGCCACUGCCGCCUUUCCGCGACCCGGUUCUCAGCUUAGCGGCAACGUCCGUGAUCCCCACAACGGCUUUAUCUUCCCUCACCCAAGAUUUGGAUCUCAACCUCACCGAUCCACGGGCAUCCAAGGAUCACCAUCGGAAGGGUGGCCGAGUUGGUUAUGGCGCCAGGUUAAGGUCAGCUUAACAUCUGCUUCCUGGUGGGGCAACC